GGAAUUCGGCGUCGGACUCUGCGCUCGUAGUUCCGGUGGCGACUGAGGCGCAUGGCGGCCCUAGGACAUCCUGCCGGGGAGGCAGCGGCGGUCCCAGGCCCGGGGACUCUCCGCGCGUCCCGCAGACACCAGCUCCCCGACCCGGUUUCCAGCGCCCGGAAUCCUUCCGCUGUCUCUCCCUGCCCAGGGCAACCCACGUGCAGUAACACCGCCUCCAGAGUGCACCCGUUAGGCGAUGAAGGCAGCGCAGCGUCAGAGAAAAAGAAGAAUAGGAAGAAAGCCCGGAACAGGCCCUCUGUGGCAAACGGAGGCGAGAAGGCCUCAGAAAAACCCGCCCCAGAGGAAGUCCCGCUAAGCGCUGAGGCCCAGGCGCAGCAGCUGGCCCAGGAAUUGGCUUGGUGUGUGGAGCAGCUGGAGCUGGGCCUCAAGAGGCAGAAACCCACUCCGAAACAGAAAGAGCAGGCUGUUGGAGCAAUCAGAACCCUCCGCAGCAAAAGAACUCCACUGCCUCGAAAGAGGCAGCUGAUGCACUCCUUGUUUGGAGACUACAGGGCUCAGAUGGAAGCUGAAUGGCGUGAGUCCCUGCGGGCUCUCAGAGCUGCUGCUUAUUCAGCCCAGGUGCAGCCUGUAGAUGAAGCCACUAGAAACAAGAGCCAAAGGGUCUGCAGGCCUCGCCCUUUAGGGAGAACCAAAGCCACUCUGGAAACUGCUCUGCCUGAUGAAGAGUUCAGGUUCAAUUUCUUUUAGCUUCUCCUCCAACUUGUAACAUUCCCCCUCCCUUGGGGUGGCGUAGGGGUUUGUCUUGAGUGCAGAGUCUUUCCAGGACUUCUGUUGGCAGAGAACCCUAGGGUUGGUCCUUCCCUGCCUUGUCCAAGGAUUUGGAGCUGUUGUGCAGGUGUGAGACCAUCAGGCAGGCACAAGACCCCAUUUGUUUUCCGAUGAAAUGUUCCCUCUUCCAGAAGAGAGAGAGAGGUGCAGUUAGAAAAUAUAUAAUAAAUUGUAGUGAGUGUUCAAUGUAUUGUA